CGUCGUUCGGAUCGGUGACACUCCUGAUAGUCGAUUCCAGAAGCAAGAGCCACAUCGCUACGACCUGGGGGAGGAUCGCGCUCCUAAAAGUCCAGAAGACGACAUCGAGAGGUCUUCCUCGGGAGCAGUUAGGAGUCCUCCACCCUGAAGAGCCCCUUGGAAAGGGCUUCGUCGAGAAAUCCUACCUGGUGGUCGGUGGAAAUUUUUUCAAAGUUUGGGGAAAUCUGGGAAAAAGGGAGAGGCUGACCCCUGGGGUCCAGGGCAAGGGUGCAGCAAAGUGCAGGAGGCAAGAUGAUGCACGCCAUGAGCGACCACGCGGGGGGCGCCGGAAGUUUGGGGGUUGGUGUUCUUCCGUUUGAUGGCAUGGGUCUUUAUGAACAACCCAGGCCGAGGUUGGUCUUCAAGAUGCCGAGAGUCGUGCCCGAUCAGAAGGCCAAAUUCGAGAGCGACGAGCUCUUCAGGAGGCUCAGUCGAGAGAGCGAGGUGAAGUACACGGGAUUUAGAGACCGGCCGAUCGAGGAGCGUCAAGUUCGAUUCCAAAAUGCUUGUCGCGAGGGUCACACCGAAAUUGCAUUCGCAGCCACGGGGACCAAUCUUCAGCUGGUUUUCGGACCAACUUCCGGCGACUACAGCGGAGACCCGAGGGAGUGCGACUUCGACAAGGAGCAAGGAAAGAUUCACCUGCGAUCCCGCCUUAUCAUGAACGGCGUCUGCGUGAUAUGGCGAGGCUGGGUGGACGUCGAGCGUCUGGACGGCGUCGGCUGUCUGGAAUUCGACGAGGAACGAGCCGGCCAGGAAGACGCGGUCCUUCGGGACCAGAUCGACAGAUACAAUCAACGAAUCCGCGAAUUCGAGGAGAAGCAACGCGCCUUCAGGAGCGGGGCCUCGCAGCCUCCUCAUCUGAACCACCACCAUCACCACCACCAUGGGCACCAUGCCCACCACGUCGUGGGCACAGGGGCGACCGGGGUGGAAGCGCAUUUGGCGCAUCGACAGGACCCCGACAUGGAAGUCAGACUUCGAGCUUACUAAAAGUAACAUCCCGAAGGAACUCGGGAUUUUCCUGGCAGGGCCCAUCGAUCCGCCAAAGGCCCCAUAAUUUCGAAAUAAGUCACCCAAAACCACCAUAUCCUCGGGCGGAGUCGAAAAGCCCCGACUUUGGACCGUGCCACCGAGUCCAAUUUUUUUUUCACAUUGAAAAAAGAAAAAACCUGGUUUAACCCUCUCACGGGAGAAUCGACGAAAUUCCGCUUAUUAACAACCGGGGGUGGUUUUAAAAAUGUAAUGCAAUUUUUUGGGGGGAAAUUUUUUUUUAUCGAGGGAGGGAUGGCAUUUUCUUUUGCAGUUCUGUCUCGAGCGCUGUUCUGUCUCGAGUCCAAUUUUUUUUUUCACAUUGAAAAAAGAAAAAACCUGGUUUCAUCCUCCCACGGGAGAAUCGACGAAAUUCCGCUUAUUAACAACCGGGGGUGGUUUUAAAAAUGUAAUGCAAUUUUUGGGGGGGAAAUUUUUUUUUAUCGAGAGAGGGACGGCAUUUUCUUUUGCAGUUCUGUCUCGAGCGCUGUUCUGUCUCGAGUCCAUUUUUUUUUCACAUUGAAAAAAGAAAAAACCUGGGUUAACCCUCCCACGGGAGAAUCGACGAAAUUCCGCUUAUUAACAACCGGGGCGUGGUUUUACAAAUGUAAUGCAAUUUUUUGGGAGAAAAUUUUUUUUUAUCGAGGGAGGGACGGCAUUUUCUUUUGCAGUUCUGUCUCGAGUCCAUUUUUGUUUUUCACAUUGAAAAAAGAAAAAACCUGGUUUAACCCUCCCACGGGAGAAUCGACGAAAUUCCGCUUAUUAACAACUGAGGCGUGGUUUUAGAAAUGUAAUGCAAUUUUUUUGGGGGAAAUUUUUUUUUAUGGACGGAGGGACGGCAUUUUCCUUUGCAGUUCUGUCUCGAGCGCUCCUCGGGAUUAUGGGGGAAUUUCCAGAGAAAUGCCCCAUGAAAAACCCACUGUUACCUGAAGAAGAGAUUUAAAUUGGCACCGGCUCGAGGAAAUCUCGCGUCGACUGGACGCCUCCCGUGCAAUGGUUACUAAAUUAUUUCCUAUGAUUACGUUUUAUGGUUAAGCUUCCCCGUGUAGACGUAGCGGUGAGAGAAAGUCUUCCGAGGAAUUUCCAUCUAUCUGGGAGGAUGUACGGUGAUUUCUCCACUUUCUCAGGGUGGACGGGAUUUUAUUGUUUAUUCGACGCUUGACGACACCACUGUAGGAGAAGUGUUCAUAAAUAAUUCGUAAAUAGUGGGAGUAACUCCUGAAAAAAAUCCGGGGAUUUUCUCUCAGUAUGAUUUCUAACUAACCGUUGAUCGUAGGUUUACUAAUCCCGCUAAUCGACCCCAAAGAGUCUUGAGUCUGGUUUAUGGGGAAAAGGAAUUGAAUCUUCGAGGAUCGUCAACUGCGUUUGCGUUACUUAAUUAAUGCACUAUAACGUAAUUCCCUUCCCUGUGUGAAUCAUAACCCGUUCCGAGUCGGAGUGAGUCAGAAGAGAGAGACGGAGUGCGCGGCGAUGCGCGAGUCAGAGAGAGAGGGAGAGAUCGAGAGAAUGCGUUUACACGAGAGAACCGGGGAAUGAAAGAGA